CACGCUGGAAGAGUCAGUAUACACACAGAGCCAGAGUGGUGUACUGUGAACAGGGGAGCUGUAGCGAGUUAUAGCACCUAGAGCGUCUCAUUCUGAGACCGUUUAAAACGGUGAACAAAAGUGAAAGAAGGACUUUGAAGAAUGUACACAUCGUUCUGAAAAUAGCGCUGCAGCUGAAUAUUGUAUUUGUUUGCGCGGUAGGCUACAAGCAGGAGUGCAAGUUGUUACAUUUGUGUAGCGGCACGCUUCUAUUCCAGAAACUCUUGUUUCGGCUUCGGAGGUUAUGAGGAUUUCCCGACCUAGUAAGAAACUUUUCUCCGAGUUGUACAACUGAAAGAAGGAGAGAGGGCAGAAACAUACUUCUCUGUCAGUGUGAGUAGCCUACGAGAGAACUUUCUAACAUAGUUUUUGGUUUAUAUUCUAUGUCUAGAAAGAUGGAAACUACCUUCUAUGAUGACUCGCUCAACUCUUUCUCCCAGCAUGAGAAACCGGACUACGGAUACAACCCCAAAGCACUGAAACACAGCAUGACACUGAACCUGGCCGACCCAACCAGCACACUCAAACCUCACCUCCGGGCUAAAGCCAGCGACAUCCUCACCUCCCCUGACGUGCAGCUCCUCAAACUGGCCUCCCCAGAGUUGGAGCGGCUCAUCAUCCAGUCUAGCAACGGCCUGAUCACCACCACACCUACCCCGACGCAGUUCCUCUGCCCAAGGAACGUAACCGAUGAGCAGGAGGGCUUUGCCGAGGGAUUUGUUAGAGCACUGGCGGAGCUCCAUCAUCAACACGUCUUGCCCAAUGCACCUGGGGUCCCAGUCACAUCCGCUGGGCAGACAAGUAUCAACAACCAAACAAUACUCCCACCUGUUUCCGCCUUGACCGGGAGCAGUGUUUAUAACAACAACAUGACCAUGCGCUCUGAGUCGCCUGUGUACGAAGACCUGAACACGUUCACCCCGGCUAUCACCACCAACUCAGCCCUGGGUUACACCACCUCAGCCCCAGCUAUGAGCUUUCCCUCUGACCCGCCACAGCUGCCAGUCUAUGGGCAGCAGUCUCACCCCCACCCCAGGCUCACUGCCCUGAAAGAGGAGCCCCAGACGGUGCCUGAGAUGCCUGGGACACCCCCUCUCUCCCCUAUCGAUAUGGAGAAUCAGGAGAGGAUCAAAGCCGAGAGGAAGCGCAUGAGGAACCGCGUCGCCGCCUCCAAGUGCAGGAAGCGGAAGCUGGAGCGCAUCUCCCGGCUGGAGGACAAGGUGAAGAACCUGAAGACUCAGAACUCCGACCUGGCUUCCACAGCGAACAUGCUGAGGGAACAGGUCGCCCAGCUCAAACAGAAGGUGAUGAACCAUGUCAACAGCGGCUGUCAACUCAUGCUUACGCAGCAGCUCCAGACCUUCUGAGGAGGAAAGGACACUUGGAGAAGAAUAGAAAGAUUUUGAACGAAAAGGACAAAUCGUUUAUAAUUAAUUGUCUGGCUGUGUCUUCGUGGCAUUGUGACAGGGUGAACGGGACAGUAACAGCACGAGACUGGCAGGAGGGGACCGAGGCUGGUUGCCUCUUACUAGGUGCCUCGCAGGACACUGUUGCACGGAGGAGUUGGGGCUCGGGACAGAGCAGAGCGCGCGAUAAACAACGCUGGUGCACUAGAGAGAAAGAAACAACAACAAAUAGGACAAAUGGAUGUUUUGGUUCGUGUUUUUAAUUGACUUGAAAUUUGUUGGCUUUGACAAAGCUGUGCUUUUACGCAUUGACCUUCUGUGUAAUUCAGUAUUAGAAGAAAGUCAAAGUGCAGUAGAGAAUUUAAAACUGCCUGGAGCCAACGGAGAGGGUGUGUACUCUAAACAGAUUACAAAAAGCUGCCCAACUUCUGACUUACAAUGUACUUUUUAUUCUUAGUUAUAUUGAGUUAGAACAAACAUUUCAAGAGUUAAUUGUUUUUUUUUCAAAUGUUUUUUAAUGGGGUUCAAUGUUAUUAUCUGUAUAUAAGAUCAACCUGGAGUACUUACAUUUACUAUUUGUAAAAAAAUAAAUACAAAUACAGUAUCAGUUUGUUCAUUUUAUGAGCACUUCAGAAACAAAUAGAUAUUUAAGAAAUGUAAUAAACAAUCUGAACUGAA